AUGGCAAUAGUUGUUCCACAUUUAAUUUUCCAGGUGCGGAAAGCCAGAGAUUUGAAUAGUGGCAGCAAUGAGCUAAUGUCUACUUUAAAUACACUGAACAAUCCAUUUGGUUAUAGACGUAUAUUUCCAAUUCGACCAAUAAACCCCAUCUACAAUAAUCUUGGGGUAAACCAUCUUGUUAUUGCAAGAACAUUUAGGAAUCCAUUCCUCUUACGCCGUAUGAUGACAAACGGAGUUAUCAUUUUGGAGCAGAAUAAUCCACAAACAAACUCCCUCAGUAUGGAGAUGUCAAUGGAAGAUACAAACAGCAUCGAAGACACAAACAGCAUUGAGGACAUUGUACCACCGAUCAUACCCCAAAAUGGACUACCUGUAUUUCCAGCAUAUGACGAUCCUUUUGGACCAGGGGUAGAUAUGAAUGUUGUUGGAUCUGACCCAAAAAACUCAGGAUAUCCACUGACUGAAAUAGUUAACGUGGAGGAGCCAGCAUUAAUUCCACAGUACGUGGAGAACAUGGACUCAUUUGGAUUGAACCUGGCGGACAAUCAGAUGAUCAAAGGCUGUAAUGAGACUGCUGGUCUUCAUGAAGCAGUCAAUAAACCCACUGGACUGUACUUCAACCAGGAACUUGUGGAUCAGCAAGAGCCCAGUGGAGGCAUGGUUAAGGAGUCACAAAUUGCAGAGAUUCUGAUCACCUCCAACUUCAACAAGGCAGAGUUACUGGAAGAUGAUAACCCAGCCUUCAAUGAAACUGAUCUUUUUCAGGUUGAUUUAGUGGAUUCCAAAGAAGACACUGCAAUGGAUUACGAAGACAGCACCAGCUUCAAUGCCAACAACGAGGCUGGCUUAAUUAAAGGAGGCACACCAGGAUCCAAGAGUGAGAGUGACAAUGCAGCCAAUUUCAUUCAAGGCUCUUGCAAGAACUUCCACUGUGGACACGGAAAAGUUUGUCAGCUCAGUGACAAGGAAAAUCCUUAUUGUAUCUGCCAAGAUAUUUCAACCUGCCCCACCAACAUGCCAGAUCUACAGAAUGUGUGUGGCACCAACAAUGAGACCUAUGAAAACCACUGCCAAUUUUAUGUCUCAAAGUGUCAGCUUGAGAGCACCAUGGCACAGAGGAUUCACCUGGAUUAUGUAGGACCCUGCAGGUACGUCACUCCAUGCCUGAAUGAUGAACUGGAUGAGUUCCCAUUGCGUCUACGUGAUUGGCUGAAGGAUACCCUGAUGCAGCUGUACGAGCAAGAUCUGCAUUCUCCCGGCACACUUUCUCAGAGAGAGCAUGCAGCAAUUAAGGACAACUAUACUCAUGAGAAUCAGCUCCCUCCCAGUGACCGCUCUCUGGAGAUGCUUAGAAAUGACUUCAUUGACAAUUACCACCUGUUCAUCCACCCAAUUCACCAGCAGUUCAAGCAGCUUGACCAGUAUCCCAUGGAUGGUUACCUAACCCACUCUGAACUGGCCCCUCUGCGUAUUCCAUUAAUUUCCCUGGAACACUGCACAUCUCGCUUUUUCACAGUAUGUGAUGUCGAUGGUGAUGGGAAUCUCUCCCUGAGAGAAUGGGGCAAGUGCUUUGGCCUCAAAGAAGGUGAGACAUUUGUUUGGGUCACUAGAGAGUUAUGGGGGAGAAGGUCAAUGGAGCUUACAUAGCUCAGGAUCAAAGCAUUUCAAUAUUAAUUCUUCUUGAAAAUUAAUUUAUCUUUUCUGUU